AUGUCUGCCAAAGUGACCGCCACCGGCCCUCUGGGCGAGGGCGAGGCUCGCUGGAUCAAGCUCAUCAAGAUCAACUACGACGACCAGAACGGCAACUCCCGCACCUGGGAAUCCGCCGAGCGCCGCACCCGCCCAAAGAACGGCGAGAUUGACGGCGUCGGCAUCGUCGCCAUCCUCGAGAAGCCCACCGGCCCCGAGAUCAUCCUCCAGAAGCAGUACCGCCCGCCGAUUGACAAGAUCUGCAUCGAGGUUCCCGCGGGGCUCGUGGACGAGGGCGAGACGGCCGAGCAGGCUGCCGUGCGCGAGCUCAAGGAGGAGACGGGAUACGUUGGCAAGGUGUCCGAGACCACGCCGAUCAUGUUCAAUGACCCCGGAUUCUGCAAUACCAAUCUCCGCAUGAUCCACGUCACCAUCGACACCUCCCUCCCCGAGAACCAAAACCCAAAGGCCGAACUGGAAGAAGGAGAAUUCAUCGAGGUCUUCACCGUGCCGCUGUCCAACUUCUGGGCAGAGUGCAUUCGUCUGGAGAAGGAAGGCUACGCCAUCGAUGCCCGCGUGGGGACUAUUGCCGAAGGCAUUGAAUUAGCAAAGAAAUUCAAGCUAUAA